AUGGGUUGCUGCGGCUCAAGUAUAGCAGUAACAGCGCAAUACGGAAACAAACAGCUUAAGCUCAAAGAGACAAGCACAGAUCUUUCAACGUUCCACACCCACAUCAUUAACGAGCUUCCCGAACUCACUUGCCAAGCUUUUUACCUCGAAACUAAUGAGUCGAGUCCAACUAAAAUCAUUGAUGAUCAGGAUUAUAAAAGGGUCCUCCGAACUAAGCCAAACUCCAAACUCCGGAUCGUCAAAGCAAAGCCUUACUCAUUUGCUUCAGAAAUCUUGAAUAAAUUGUCUAAAUCUGUAUUCAAAAUCAGGCAAAAAGAGCAUGAACUGGUGGGGACAGGAUUUCUAAUAAGUCCACGUUUAGCUAUAACAACGACAGAGCCAUUCCCUGAUAGAAAUUCGCUAAAGCUGUACUCGGCACUGUUUCAAGAUAUUGGCAAUACAGAAAUUGAUUUUAAAACUGAUGGUGCUUUUUUGACGAUUCCAGAAGAGGAAGGGAUAAAAUUUUCGUUGAUCGAGCUCAAUCCUCAAGCACACCAGCUGGACUUUCUUAACAGCUUGACCCCAAUUAAGCUGCAGCCUGAGUUUCAUGCCAGCGAAGGGACAAAAGCUACAAUUAUGUAUUAUACAAGGAAUUAUCCUGUUUUACAAGGAGAUUCAGCAGAAAUCAAUGUGUUUGACCAUAAAUUCUUUUCCUACACAAAAGCACUUAAAGAAGGCUCUUCAGGGGCACCAGUGUUUAAUGAAAAAGGCGAACUAAUCGGGGUGUUUUCUUCAUAUAAGUCUGACAACUUGCCAGGCUCAGCAUUGAAUGUGAAAUUCAUCGUGGAUUUUCUAGGAAGCUAUUACAGCAACCCUGAAGAUGAGAUCAUUUCACAAGCUAUACAAGAAAUAUGAAGAUACUCACUCCCUCUUUAAAUUAGAAUAAAAAAAUCUAUUCCAAUACAAAGGGGAGUUAAUUUUUCUAUAAAACAUUGUUUAAAAUAAAAAAACAAAUGUAAUAUUUUUAAUUUAUUUUAUGAAAAACUAAUUCUAUAGAAAUUAGUAUUCACCUAUAAAAAUUUUUCCUAUAAAAAAUAUUUUGUCCCAAAAUAAAGGAUUCACUAUAUUUUGCUCCAAUUAAAGGGGGGAGUCAGACCUCACAUCUAUAGUUGACCUGAACAAUCCAGCCAACAUUGAUGGAGAAAAUAACAUGAUGUUUUCAGACACCACGUGCUAUUUGAAUAUUCCUAAACAAAACUUAAUCAUCUUUGGCCCUGAGUCAUACACUGCAAAAAUUGUGGAAGACUUACCACCAUUAGGAUCAGGGUCAUCUGCAAUUGCAACGUCAGCUGGAAUUUUGAUAACAGGGACAAACGGGACAGACUCUUUCAGAGAGACUUGAUUAUUUGAUGGAAUUGCGUUUAGAAAAGAAAAAGACAUGAUUAAUGAUCAUAUUUAUCAUUGCUCAGUUUUGUAUAAUGAAAAAGUGUACGUUAUUUCAGGGAGAUUGAACAAUAAGGUUGAGGCUUAUGACUUGAAGACUAAUGAUUGGAUAAAAAUUGGAAAACUGCCAAAGAAGAGGGAAAUGGCAUCUGCAACUGUGAUUUUGGACCAAAUUUUUGUAUUUGGAGGAAUUAAUGAAAAAAUGAAUUUUUCAAAAAAAAUAUUUUCCUGAAACGGAGCUGAAUGAAAAAUUUUAGAACAAAAAAUACCAAUAAGAGCUUGCGGGAUUGGGGUGAUCAAUAUAUCACAAAGCCAAGUGCUACUGUUUGGAGGAAGCUGCCAAGAGAAGGGAAUGGAAAAAAAUGAUAAUAACUCAGCUUGGGAAAUUGAUGUUUCAAGUGGAAAUAUAGAAAGCUCUAGAGGAAUUCCAAGGGCUCUUAAUUUUUCAAGCUACCAGGCAGCUUAUACUGCUAAGGAUGCAGUGAUAUUUUCGAACUCUGGGGAGCUUCUGAGAUACGAGUAUAGAAAGAAACGAUUCUUUGACGUUAGACCUGAGCCUAGUUAG